CGCAGCAGCUGCAAGGAGCUAGUUCAUCAUCUUCCAGCAGCGCCAUGAACCGCGGCGGUUGUGAGCAAGAGGUGGAGCGCAGGAGUUUCGAGAAGCUACUAAGCCACAACGAGGACAGUUACAACUUCAGUUUGCUAGAGGACUUAGAGAACACAAACUUGCCAAUAAAGACCAUGAAGAAACAAGCUGCACCAACAGGAACGACAGUGACCGUGGCGAACAACAAACGGAAAAGGUCGAGAUCAAAUUCCAUCGUCGGAACAUUAAGUAAUUCAAAUAAGUCGC